GGGGAAGAGGAAGAGGAACAAGAAGAAGAAGCAGAAGCGGCGCUGCGGGCCGUGUUCCCCCGCGACCCCGCGCUCUUCUCCGAGCUCUUCCCGGAGCGGCGCCGGUUCCGGCUGUGCGGGCGCGUCCUGCACAUCGCGGAGCACCACGGGCCGCGGCUCGGGCCCGCCGGGGCCGUCUGGGAGGCGGCCCUGUCCCUGUGCCGGUUCCUGGGCGAGCAGAACCUGGAGCUGGCGGGGCGGCGGGUUCUGGAGCUGGGGGCCGGUACCGGCAUCGUGGGAAUCUUCGCUGCCAUGCUGGGGGCGGAGGUGACGCUCACGGACCGGCCGCCGGUGCUGCCGCAGCUCCGGGAGAACGCGCGGCGGAACUUCCCGGGGGGCGCGGGGGCGCCGCGGGUGCGGGCGCUGCGCUGGGGGCGCGACCAGCGCCGCUUCCCCCCCAAAUUCCACCUCAUCCUGGGCUCCGACAUCGUGUACGACCCCCGCGCCUUCGCCCCGCUCCUGGGCACCCUCCGGCACCUCGUGGUGCCCCCGGCCCAGGCGCUGCUCAGCGCCCGCCUGCGGGGCGGCGAUGCCGGAGCCUCCCGCUUCUUCCGCCAGAUGCUGCCCCCGUUUUUUGGGGUGCGGCUGCUGCGGCGGGAGCCCGAGGGGGACAUCGAGAUCUACGCGGUGACCCCCCGGGAGGGAGGGGGAGCCCCCCCGGAUCAGGGCAGGGGGGCGCAGCCCGGCCUGGGGUCUCUGACGGGGGGCUGGGGGGGGACGGAGGAGGAUUAA